GAAAAUAAAUGUAAAGCGUUGAGAAUCAAAGUUAAGGUCCGGUCCAUCAAUGGAGAAUAGAGAAGACGUGAAGUCAAUCCUUCCCUUUUUGCCGGUGUGUCUCCGAUCAUCUUCUCUUUUCUGGCCGCCGCUAGUUGUUGAAGCACUGAAAGCCCUCUCUGAAGGACCUCAUUACAGCAAUGUUAACUCCGGCCAAGUCCUCUUCCUCGCAAUCUCCGACAUUCGGAAUUCCCUUUCACUACCUGAUUCUUCAAUUUCCUCUUCUGCUUCAGACGGAUUUUCUCUCUUAUUUGAUGAUUUAAUUCCUAGGGAUGAAGCUGUUAAAUGGUUCGAAGAAGUGGUGCCGAAAAUGGCGGAUUUGCUAUUGCGGUUUCCUUCCUUAUUGGAGGCUCACUAUGAGAAGGCUGAUGGUGGAAUUGUUAAAGGAGUCAACACUGGUCUUCGCUUAUUGGAAUCACAACAGCCUGGCAUUGUUUUCCUCAGUCAGGAAUUAGUCGGUGCUCUUCUUGCAUGUUCCUUCUUUUGUCUAUUCCCUACCAAUGAUAGAGGUGCCAAACAUCUCCCGAUGAUCAACUUUGAUCAUUUGUUUGCGUAUCUGUAUGAUCAGUAUGACGAGAAAUUUGAAAAUAAAUUGAAGUGCAUUCUUCACUAUUUUGAGAGGAUUGGCUCAUUGAUACCUGCGGGCUACAUCUCCUUUGAGCGAAAAGUUCUUGCUCUAGAACAUGGUACAUUUGCUUUUCCUUAUCCAAAGGAAAAUUUCUGGAGCCAAUCCAGUAUUUCCCUUUGCCCUUUUAAGAUUUCCAAUUCAGGCUUAAUUGAGGAUCAAUCAAGUGAAGCUAUUGAAGUGGAUUUUGCAAACAAGUAUCUUGGAGGUGGUGCUCUCAGUAGGGGCUGUAUACAGGAAGAGAUUCGCUUUAUGAUCAAUCCAGAGUUAAUUGCUGGCAUCCUUUUCUUGCCUUGCAUGGCAGACAAUGAAGCAAUUGAAAUUGUCGGUACAGAGAGGUUCUCAAAUUAUACCGGAUAUGCUUCUUCAUUCCGUUUUAAUGGUGACCAUGUGGACAAAAAAGAAAUUGAUGUUCUUGGAAGGCGUAAGAGCAGAAUAAUCGCAAUAGAUGCACUAAGUAGCCCAGGAAAAAGGCAGUACCGGGUUGAAUGCCUCCUAAGGGAAAUUAACAAGGCUCUUUGUGGUUUUUUGGAUCAUUUAAAGUGUCAUCAGUAUCAAAAGUUUUUUCAAGACAUGGGAAGUCAGCAUGAUCCCAAUGUUAAAGGAUCUUCUGGACAUUCUGAAGUUUAUCAUUUGUCUCAAGGAAAUCCUUCAGCAUCAUCUCAAACAAUUGAGGGAACUUUGGCUAACCAGUUGCUCAGAAAUCAUGAGGCACACUAUUGUUCACAUUUAGACUAUCAACAAGAAAUUGGAGUUGUGACUGGUAAUUGGGGUUGUGGUGCUUUCGGUGGGGAUCCUCAACUUAAAGCUAUGCUUCAAUGGCUUGCUGCAUCUCAGGCAUUGAGACCGUUCAUCAUGUAUUAUACGUUUGACUUGGAAGCAUUGCAGAUGCUGGGUCAGGUGGCUCAAUGGAUUUCUUCACAGGGAUGGACUGUUGGGGAGCUUUGGGAUAUGUUGAUGGACUAUUCAGUCCAGAGAUUGAGGGGAGAAACUGGAGCUGGCUUCUUCAGUUGGCUCCUUCCAUCGUUAAAUUCCCAUGAUACUAUUUUGCUCAACAAUUCUCAUAAUGUUUAAAUAUUCCUGGUCUUUUUAUUAUUUUGCUGCUGCAUGAUUCCUGUAUAAGCUAUUUAAAGCCUAUUUACUUGUACUACCACAAAAAGGGAAAAGGAGAAUAAUUGAGUUGAUGAUCUCUGGCGGAUGGUUUUUCUUGUCUUAGAGGUAUAAUACAGACCUAUUAGGAUAAUUAAAAGGUAAACAUGAGUUCCCGGCUCAAGCAUAAUGAAACCGGCUGAAGGUAAACAUUACUCAUUAUGUAGAUUACAACAGCAGAAGGCGUUGUGGUAAUGGAAACGAAAAGCAAAUAACUGGAAAGGAUUGGAACCAUCAAACAUGCAUUCUGCUACACCAACUCUUCGUUUUUUACCCUUUCCUCCAAAGACAGUUAGGCAUUUCCCUGUACUGCUAGAAAGCCAAAAUCUCAACUCUCUGUGAUUGUAUUUCUUAGGUGGGGCUAUUGAUUUCCAAUCAGCUUCUGCUAAGGUUCGCAGCGAGUUCAGCGAAUCGAGUCUUACUUUCCCAUGUUUGUCUACUGUGAGAUAGCUUUGUCCCUCAGAACAUUUAUCCAUGUAGUUCCUGAACCUGAUCAUUUAUACAUGUCAAGAUUUGUGUU